AUGCUUGUUUCGGUGUUUAUGGCUCUGCUUCUACCAAGCGUGGCCAUCAGCGCUGUUUUCGUAGUGUACAUAUGCCUGUUAUGGUAUGCUACGAAUAACCAGGAGCACCCCGAGGUUCGGUUGCCGGUGAAGCAGGUUUCGCAAAAGGGGUUCUCAGCCUCUGAACUGGACAAGUUGCCUAAAAUCACAGGGAAAGAUCUGACGACGGAGAGGACGGAGUGCGCGGUGUGUCUUGACGAGAUAGAGGGAGAGCAAGUGGCCCGGCUGGUUCCCGGUUGCAAUCACGCUUUCCAUCUGCUAUGCGCCGACACCUGGCUUUCUAAGCACUCGUUUUGUCCAGUUUGCAGGGCCAAACUCCACCUUCAUCAGGAUCUUCCUCAGUACUCUGUCACUUGUUCUGAAAAUCCCUGCUAA